UCUCGUGUAGCUUACACCGGAAUGAAGGACAAUAAAUUUCAUGACGUAGGCACGCGUCAUCGCGUGUUCCACGAGUUGUCCGAUCGACUGUUGUGUGAAUGCUGUAUACAUCGACUGUUGUGUGCAUCUUCGAUCUGCAUUGCUAUUUGUUUGUGUAGUUUCAUUGUCCGCGUGUCCGGUGUUGCUCGCGUGAACGGCGUUCUGAACAUGGGCUCUAACGGAGAUGAGAAAGCUUUCGAACAGAUCCUUCAAGAUAAUCUGAAAGAUUUCGCUGUCGGUAACGACGGCAAAUACUGUGGCUCUGUGAUUCGGAGGAAGAGAUCAAAAGACUAUGAAUAGUCUUAAGUGCAUAGGGUAUUCAUACUCGGUAAGGAGCAGCCACCAUCGCCAAAAAUUGCAUGAAGCCGCCACCAGCUGACCAUGUUAACCCAGCAAAAAAGAGAUUGUUGAUUAUGGAUACGAAAAAGAGCGAUUGCCCUGCCACUUUUUCAAUUAAAUAUGUUAAAGUGUAUCCAGGCUAUUCUGUUCAAUCAGUAGAUGAUCGUGAAAUUAAAAAGAAAGUUGUCCACAGUUUAAAACAGGCUUUGGAGGCAGCCAAUAAACCUGAAAGUGUUCUUCGCUUUUAUGUGAGGGCGUCACCACCAGACCACCAUACCCACAGCACAGAAAGCAUAAAAGCAAGUGGAGACAUACAUCCCUUGCUAGCUGUGGAAAUAGCAAAGGUUGUUGAAGAUGGAACUACAUCUGUGAGAAUAAUAAAGUUGCAUCUUGAAAGAUUUGUGAACAUAACCUUCACUGGACCACACAAGCCAGAUAAUAUGAACACUACAUUUUACCCCAAACAUCUCACAAUAUAUAGUCAUGUAUACAGGGCCCUUAAGAAAUUGAAGAAAAGUGUGUUUGACCAAGAGGCUUUGCAAAUGCAGGUUAAUGAGUGGCAGAAAGAAUAUAGAGGUGACAAUAUUUUUUUUCAGGCCUUUUUCAGAUGUUGAUGGAGAAAUACAGCCAUUGCUGUUUUGUUACGAGGGUGCAUGGCAGAAGGAUAUGUUAAAAAAAUAUGGAGAUGUAUGUUUGCUUGAUGCCACUUACAAAACAACAAAAUAUGACAUUCCUUUAUUUUUUGUUACAGUAAAGGCAAACGGAUGCUGUUUAGUGGUAGGUUUUUUCUUUAUUCAGGUAGAAGAUACAAGGUCAAUUGCUGAAGCACUACUUGUUUUCAAGAGGUGGAAUACAGACUUCAACCCAACCUACAGGGUUACUGAUUUCUCAGAGUCCGAGAUAGCAGCAAUUAAAGAAAUAUUUCCAUUUUCAAAAGUGUACUUGUGUUCAUUUCACAGGGAACAGGCUUGGGGGCGAUGGGUUAAAAAGGGAGGGAAUCUAACUGAUAAGGAGUCUGUUCUGGAGCUUGUGGCGCUAUGUUGCAGCGUCUCCAUCUGAGGAACAGAUCAAACUCAAUGUUGAAAUGUUAGAGACUCAUGAGGUUUUUCGUAGGAACCCCAAGUCACUUAUUUAUUUUAAAAAUCAAUGGCUCUCAGUUGCUGAAAAUUGGGUGAGAGCUUUCGAGAAUAUUGCCACAUUUGCCAAUAUUAGAACCACAAACGGUGCUGAAACAAUGAACAAGAAGGUCAAAAAGUCUUUUCUGAACUAUGACACAGACAAAACAUUAACAGGAGUUGUUAAGGUAUUAGUAAAUAGUUUCAUUCCUGGCCUCAUGAAAAAGUAUUGCCAAAUGAAUUCUGUUAUUAGAAAGAACAAUGAAGUUGUACCUGCAUUUUUGCAUGGAAAGACACAGGAAAAUAUAACACACGUGUGGAAACGAUAUUCUUCUGCGGAAGAAAGCUUCAGUAAAGAGUCAGUGUCAGUAAUAAGUGAGGGUGUUUUUUCCGUGAAAAGCGACACUUCAAAAGAUCUUAGGUAUACUGUAAACUUUGCGGAACCAAGUUGUACAUGUGAAGAUUACCAAAAGCACAAAUAUAUGUGUAAACAUUUUUGUGCCAUCUUUAUUUUCUAUACUCAAUGGGGUUUUGACAAAGUAAAUGAAAAGUACAGAAAUAGCCCGUUAAUUUGUUUGGAUAGGACAUAUGGGUAUGGUGCAAGUGGCAGCUGUAUUCCACAGACUGAUUCUGCACUGCGUUAAUUAGAGGAGUCCAGCAGUGAUGAUGCUAUGAAUGAAGAGCAUAACAUUCCUGAACCAUCAGCUUCUCCUUCAUCUCUGUUUCGAGAGGCAAGAGAGAGAUGUCGGAAUAUUAUAAAUCUCACAUACAGUUGUGACAAUGACACGAUAAAAAAGUGUUAGAGGCACUUAAAAAUGUGGAACAUAUUGGUUGUCGAACCCUACAGAAAAUGGUCUUCCUUUAGCAGCGACAUCAUCUACAAAAAUGUAGGAACACUCAUUUAAAUGGAGGUAGCAUUUGUGAAACAUGUAUUUGCCCUUUUGCUUUUCUGGAUGUUCAUACAGAUUUAAAAAUGAAAUGGAUUGAUCAGAGUAUGGUGAGUUAAGUGUCUACAGCAAUCACUUACAUUGGGAGAUUUUUCAGUUUUACAUUAAAAUAUGUGGUAGUACAGCAAAUUUAAAACUGGAAGAACUUCCCAACCAAAAUGAAAGUCAUGGUUACACAACUUGCCAUACCCUCAUAAAUACAUUUUACCAUCAAUAGUUAAAGUAGAUACCCAACUGUGUGCUGAUUGUGCUACUACUGAUACUUUUUUGUUAAGUGGAAUUGGUAGCAUGAAGCAAGACUGGAAGUACCAAAAAGCUCUUCUUUAUUUCUUAUAACAAUAAUAAUUAUUAUUAUUACACUUUAUUACAAAUAUUGUCAGAGUUAUUGGAGAAAUACAUAAUAGGUGGUACCAAUGGUCAUUACUGAAGGUUGAUACAAGAGAAUUAAAACUCUGAAUGGUUCCUAAAAAGCAGAUCUGAUCAAAUUUUACAGAAAGCUACAUGUAAAUAUACAGGAGUAAAAACUGUCACCACUGUUGGCAUGAGAGUUUCCAUAAUGCUAUAGCUAAGACUUUGUAUGUAGUGUUUGACGAUUCAGUAUGGUACUUUUCCAGUAAUGGGUAAUGAAAAUGUCAUGGCGCCUGUGCAGAAGUGCCUAUUUCAUAUUAGAGUUAGCGACCCAUGUGUGCAUCUGUUUAAUGUUGAAAAGUGUUGUUUUCAUAUAUGUUUGAUCGGAAGUUAAACAACAACACUUUUCAUGUAAAACAGAUGCACAUGUGUGUAUGUAAUUGUAACAAGAAACAUAUGCACAUGUGCCAUGUUCAUUUCCCAUUUCUGAAAAAUGACUGACCAUUCUAACUACAUUUUAUGUAGGGUUUAUGUAAAAAUUAGUAAUGUUUACAGGGCUUUCUUGUCUCUUUUGCAACAAGUGAGGGAUUGGCGGCCAUUUAUGUUCCACCACAGUUUCCGCACAAAAUACUCAAACUUACUACUUGCACUGAUUCAGUACAAAAGUCAAUUACUAAAGCAUAUGACACCAUUGCAUUGUUGUAUCUUUCUGUGCAGGCUCAGGGAUAUAUGUUUCAAUGGUAGGAUUUUUCUGGUGUGUGUGUGUGUGUGUGUGUGUGUGUGUGUGUGUGUGUGUGUGUGUGUGUGUGUGUGACUACUUCCAAAAGCAGUUCCUCAACCAUUUAGUCUUGUGGAUCACACACACACACACACACACACACACACACACACACACACACACACACAUUGAUAUUCUUUAAUUAUCCUUCAAGAUGCAGCUGGCUAGUAGUACGCAUCGCAACAUAAAAAAUAAUAAAUUCCCCACAGACAAGAAUUAGAUAUGAACCAACAAAAUUUCAUGCAAGGAUAUUGCCCAAAUUUGUGCCCCGUUAAGUUUUAAUGAUUCUGUAACAACAGAUGAUGUAACAUGUCACCACAAGAAGUAAUGCACUCCCAUUUUCUACAGUUAGAUAACCUGGUUCCUAAGACAGAAGUGUCAAGUGCGUCCAAGUGAAAUAAUGUAAAUAGCUUUUUCCAAAAGGGAAAUGCAUCCUUAAUAGUUUUUACCUUGAACUCUAAGAAACUGGCACCCAACCCAUUAACUGUGGAUGAUGAUUGUUCCAUCUAUUGGGAAUUUGUAGAACUUCGUAAAUUGGCACUCAUACAAUCAACUUCAAAGGAGGGUCGAGGAAAAGAAAAAUCCAACCACUAAACACCACAUCUUUGCAUUGAGUGUCGGGCAAAACAUAGGAAAGUCACAUUUUGUAUAUAUCAUCUAGCAAAUUAACUUGCAUUGCUUUGUGUCACUGUUCUGUACUGCAUUGGUAUUGGGAUUCAGACUCAGCAGGGAAAAGGUUCACAUCCAUAGGUUCUGUUUGUGCUCAUUAAUCUGAAUCUGUAUUAAAUUUUCUUCACAUUGCAGAUUGUCUUGUCUGUGAAGUAAAACUUCGUGUAGUCGUGGUGUCACUUGAUUUCUCUAGUGAAGUCAACGGGAAUAAGUAGAUUCUGUAAGCUUACGUGGAUUUGGUUUAUGUAGCUAAGUGGUACUUAAUAUUUAAAAUUUGAUAAUCUUGUAACUUUUAAAUACAUAAGAAUUUUUUUGUACUUAUUACUAUAGACAUAGGAUUUUUGUGUAAAUGAGCUCUUAAAAAACUACAAAUGUAUUUGUUUUUGUAAAUAAAGUGGCAUGUCUCACACCAUAAUAAAUUGUACAGAUGAGCAGUGUAACAUCUGAAAUAUGUGUUAUGGAUGUAUACCAUGUUUUUAAUGAAAACUG